AUGUUGGUGUGCGGAGAUGCUUCAAAGCGAUCAAUAAGGCCGCUAACGCGCUCUCGUUAUCUUGGCUUCUCUGCUGCCAGCCCGCAGCCUCCGCCUCGCUGGUCCCAGGGAAGGAAACGUGGCGCGGAUGGAAAACGGCGACAGCAGAACGAGCCCGACCCGGCCGGGCCCCCCGACAGCCGGCUGGAUAGUUUCACGACACCAGAAGGCCCAGGCCCCCUUUCCCGGUGUUCAGACUGGGGAACUGCAGUGGAGGAGGAUGAAAUGAGGACCAGUGUGAACAAAGAAAUGGCAAGAUACAGAAGAAAACUCCUGAUCAAUGAAUUUGCAAGAGAAAGGAAGUCCUCCUCUGGAAGUUCUGACUCAAAGGAGUCCACUGUGACAGUAGAACUGGAGACAGAUGAAGUGGUUUUGAUGAGAAGACAGAAACAGAUAAACUAUGGAAAAAACACAAUUGCAUAUGAUAGAUACAUUAAAGAAGUUCCUAGAUCCCAUCGUAUACCAGGAGUUCAUCCCAGAACUCCAAAUAAAUUUAAGAAGUACAGCCGCAGGUCGUGGGACCAGCAGAUCAAACUGUGGAAAGUUGCAUUGCAUUCCUGGGAUCCACCUACUGAAGAAGGAUGUGAUCUGCAAGAAAUUAGUCCUGUGGACCUUGGUGAGAUGGAGACAGAAUCUGUUGGAAGCAACUCCGAAUCUCAGACGAGCUGUCAAGAUAAUGAUGAUACCUGUUCUGGCACUCCCACCAAAGUUAAACAUGUUGACUAUCAAGCAGAAGGCGAAUUUGACUUGGAAGUGUGCUUGAGUGAACCACUUAAAGAUUUCAGUACAGUGAGUUAA